GCUUCGCGCUUGUCACAUUUCCCGGUCUCAGUAGAAGCACACCCGCUCACGACACACGUUUUCCAGCGGAGCGCUAAUUAAUUCUCUUAAAUCGAUACAGUAUUAUUUUAGUACUGAACGGAUUACCAGAGACGCAGCAAUGGUGAUGGCAACUGUAUGGAAGCAACUCAAACACCACCCGGCAUUAAUCCCUCUCUUCAUAUUCAUUGGAGGAGGGGCAGCCAUGUCCGCGCUCUACCUGGGCCGCCUGGCACUCAAGAACCCCGAGUGCUCGUGGGACCGUACGGGGAACCCUGAGCCCUGGAACAAGGUGGACCCCAACCACCAGUACAAAAUGUUCGCAGUGAACAUGGACUACUCCAAGCUGAAGAAGGACCGGCCUGACUUCUAAACGGGCCCUGGAGUCUCUGACAGCGCCCCCUACUGCACAGGAGCCAGAUGCGUCUCUCAUCAAAGUCACAUUGAAAUCAUACUGCUGGUCAAUAUCAUUUCUGCUAGAAGUGCCUCGGAGAUCACAGACAUCAUACACACACAUGCACUCGGCCAAUAGCGUACACAUACGCAUACACACACAUGCACGCGGUCAAUAGCU